CUGCAGCCUCCCUUGGCUGCCUGUGCUCGGAUGCAUGACCAUGUGGGCCAAGCGAGACCUACGAAUGAGCGGUUUCAGGGGAGACUUGCAGUGAAGAUCUAAACGGAAACCUUCGUAGAUGUUCCAUAACAACAACCCAAGGGGCGCUUUUUUAUUUAACUCUUAUUAACACAAAUAUCAGCCCAGGCUCGAAGUCAGAAACUUAAGCUCUGCUUUACGAACACCACACUUGUGCUAGCUGCCUCUCCCAUUCCCCGAAAUGGAAUCGUCCAACAUCUCCUCAGAAACGCGAAUGUGUGAAAGAUUUGAAGACCCGAAACGCUGCUCCUCCUCAGCAUCGGCAAACGGCGCUGCAGCUUCAGAAGAGAACAUGGAGGGUCAACAACUGAAGGAUCCCCCGAAUAAAGUGUCACUAAUAAAAGAUGAGUUGAGUCGGAGCUCCAUGGAGGCCAGUGAGUCGGAAAAGGUGAUUCAGCACCUGAACCAGGAGCUGAAGGAAGCCCAUGACCAGGCCACUGCGGGAAAACAGAAGUGUAUAGAGCUACAAGGACUUCUUGAAGAGGAGAAGAAGGCCAGCAAGCAGCAGGCAGAGGAGUCAGCAAAGCAGAUGAAAAGCCUUCAAACUCAGCUUCAGAAAUUACAGGAUGACAUGGAACAUCUCAGGGAUCAGAAGGACAGUACCAUCUUCAGUAUGAGACAGGAAGUGCAUGCGGCUCAAGAAGAGGUACAGGUGUUGCGCCGCACAAUGGAGAAGACAGCAGCUGAGAGGGAUCAUGAGGUUAGCGCCCUAAAGGGCAACCUAGCAACGCUGACCACUGAGCUGGAGAAAUGGCAGCUGGCGGCAAAUAAGUACGAGCGUGAGAUUGAAGGCCUGCAUGCCUCUCACCAGAAGCAGAACCAGCAGAGGGACAAAGCUGCUAAACAGCAAGCGAUUGAGCUGGAGAAGGCGCAGCGGGACUAUGAGAGCCUGCAGAGGGAGUGUGUGUCUCUCAGGUCAGAGAGAGAGCAUCUGUCUGUGCAGCAGCAAAAGGAGAAGAGCAGCCUGCAGAGCGAAUGCAGCACCCUGCGCACUGAGAAUGACCAACUCCUGAGCAAACUGCAGCAGCUGGAGAAAGAACUGGACAGCUGCAAGAAGCACAGCUUGAAUCUCACCAGUACAGUGCAGGUCCUGGAGAAGACACAAGUUGACCUGCAAACGCGGCUGAGCACUCUGCAGGACGAGCACCAGAGAGUAAACAGCCAGCUGGAGCAGAGUAGCAGCAGGACCAAAGAGCUGCAAAAAGAGUACGAGGAGACACAGACCGAGCUGUCAGGCCUGAGGGAGAGGUGUGAGCAGACAGAGCAGGAGAAGCAAUCUCUCGGCUUGGAGCUGAAGCAGUGCCAAGCCACCCUGAAAGCUCUGCAGGAGAAAAGCAACCAACUGUCUUUAUUGCCGCCCAUCCUAGCCGUAGUCAUCGGCCUUGUCCUGGCUUUGCUGUAUUGGUGCUUCGGCCCAUUGUGGUAGAAAGGAAAGAUGGAUCAGGUGGAUGCCUGUCGCUGUUGUAACGGUUGCCGUGACAGCCUACAUGCUUACAAAGACCUCAACUUGAGCACCUGGCAUGAUGAACCAGUAAACACAUGCAUACGCACGCACAUUUUCAAUAAUAUACCGAUGUUUUGCCCUCUUGUUUUAAGAGGUGCCCUACGUGUGAAUUUGUGUAACUUGUACUUGCAAUAUUAAAGGCUAGCGGCAUUAGAUUAAUUGUGUAGGGUAUCGAGUCCAUAUCAGAUCCGAUUUGAAGCUGCUGCGGCGUUUAGGUAAGAACAAAAACUCUAUUGUUGUAGGGUUUUGGUGUACAAGUUGAAACUGCUGUUUUUUCCUUAUUGCAAGACGGUGAUUUUAUUAUUUGGUUUGUUUUGCCAAACAAGUAUGUACUGUAGUAAUUUGCCUUACCAAUCUGUUACUCACACAGAAGUCAACCCAUUCAUUAAUGCAGUGAUUCUCAAACCUGUCCUCAGUGCCCCCCUGUUUGAGAACCACUUUUCACUUUUUGGUCGUGUUACCAUGAAAAUUAAGCUUAUUUUAGUAGUUCACCUAAUUAAAAGCAAUAAUGCAUUUGAAACAUUGACUCCCAUAUGAAACCGCGCUCGAUAAGUAGAUGCCUUUUCUCUCCUGCAUCCUCAUGUAGUGUUUGUGUGAUGGCCAAUUCUGACCUCUGUCUUAAAUUUUCAAUAUAGACGUCAAAACGUUGUCUAUGCACUGUACAUUAUUGUUCUAAGGCUUUAAGUUAUUGACAACUACUACACAGGAAGUUUAAAAAUAAAGAGCACUAACUUGUCUCAAAGAGACUCUUAACACACUCACUAAUUUGUUUGUUACUUGUACAGAUUUACUGAAAACCAAAAUAAUAAAAAGUACAAAAAAAACAACGUGACUUGUGAUUUGUGUGACACUGGAUUGUUGUUACCCUUGUGGUUCUGUGCUCAUUAAGGUGAAGUAUUAAUGUUAGCUCUACUUUCAAUUAUUUGUAGACUGUUUCAGUUUAUUAAUUUUUGGUGAUGAAUCUCAAUUAAAUGCCGUUUCACUUUGGAA